AGUGUGGGGCGGGCCGGGUGAGGCCGCCAAUCCGCGCCCAGCGCCACGCCGCAUCCCGCCCGGGACGCGCACCCAGGGAGGGCGGCUCCGAACUACAGGUCCCGACGCCCAUCGCGAACCGGGCCUGCGUGGCGUUGCUAGGUGACGACGCCUAAACGACGCCCUGGCGAACUGCGGGUGCGGGCGCUGGCCGGUGAGGGCUCUGGCCCGCGGCGCCUGGAGAGACAACACUGGGGCAGGUGGAGGCCUGUGGAGGCCAGGCGGCCCGCAGGACUCUGCUUAAAAGAUGGCCUAUUAUGGAAAAUGCAUUGAGAUUGUAAUGGAGCAACUUGACAAAUUUAAGCCCGAGAAGGACAAUCCUGAGCAGUUCCUGGAGACGGCAUCUACCUCCUUACAGCAGGCUCUGACCCCCCAGAAGCUUGCCUUUGUUUUGGAGGUUCUGUCCGGCUGCCUUGAAUACCAGAAGUUACUGACCAUCGUGGUGGAUGCCUUCUAUGUACGGGAUGGUCGGCUCUGCCUGUGGGCCGACUACAGCCUCUUUGAGGUGAUCUGCUACCUGGCCAUGUUCCAGCUGGAUGAGCUCGGCUUCCAGCUCUUCUGCAACAUCAUCAGGUCCCAGCCUGUGGACAAGACUUGCAAGAUAUGUGCACACGUCAGUUCCCUCAGAGUCCAGAGGAGAGCAUUGGAGCCCCUGGAGUUGGAGUUACAGGCAGCUUUCCUCAGGUUCUUCUUUAACCCCUUGAACCUGUGCUCAUGGAUCAAAGACGAGUGGAGCCUCAUCUACGAUACGACCCACGUGAAGGAGAACUGGAUCGACCCUCUGAUGAGAUGGCAGCCAGAGGUCCAGGAGCUAAUCAACCAACUGGAAGGGGUGCCAACCGAUCAAACUCUUCUUUUAAAGACCAAGGCCAAGGUCACACGGCCCAAGGAAUUCAACCUGACUGUCCCGAAGCCCCGUGCCAUUACAAUGCCUGAGCCUGUACCCACUGUGGCCAAGACAAAACCUAUCCCUCAGAGCACCUACCAGGAGCCCGUGGAGCAGCAGCUUCUGCAAAUGAUCAAAAGAUACAACCGCCGGAAGGCUGAGGAGCUGCUACUGAAAGCGAACAUGGAAGAGCUACGGUGUGCUAUGCCCCGGUUGCACAGGGAUUCACAAGCACAGGACUUCGAGAAGCAGGAGCAGCAUCAAUCUGCAUCCCCAAUACGCAGGACUCCAAAUCUGACCUUCUUCAAGCCUAACACCUUUCCGGUCAAGCUGAACACAGCUACCAUCCUUCGAGAAGGGGCCUUAUACCAGCGGCAGGUGGAGAAGGAGCUGCAGAGAGUUGAUAAGCUUGUGGAUGGGGCUGGAGACUUCUCUGAGUUCCUCGAGUGGCAGAAGAAGAUGCAGGCAAAGGACCUGGAGGAGCAGCUAGCUGCUUGCCAGUGCCGGCGACUGCAAGGAAAGCUGAGCCAUGAGGAGGCCAUCUUGGCCCGGCAGAACCUCAUACAGGAAAACAAGCAGAAGGCUGACCAGAAGAAGGAGGAGACAGCUGAGCUAAUGCUGCAGUGUGCUGAGAGGCGCCUCCAAGAGGAGAAGGCCAUGAAAGAGCUGGUGGGGCAGAUCAUUGAAGCCCAGAAGAAUGUCAAGGUGGCCCAGAUGAAGCUUGUGAAGGGCCGGCAGCAGAUAGUUCAGGAGGUGAUAGAAGAGAGCCGGGAGCUGCUGCAGCGUAGCACGGAGGCAGCCAAAGAGGAGCAGAGACGGCGCUGUGAGCUUACUGCCCAGCUGCGAGCACUGGAGACACAGCCCACACGCAAGGGCAAGCUGGUGGACCUGACCCAGAUCCCAGGAUAUGGUCUGGAAGGCGAGAUGUCUGUUGUGGAACUUCGAGAAAGGCUGGCCCUGCUCAAAGAGACCCAGAAACGAGAGCAGGAGGAAAAGCGUGAUCAAAUCAUUCAGGGCAAGCGAGUCAAAAGUCAAAAGCUACAGAACACAAUGGAGCAAAUCUCACUGUGCCGCACAGCCAUGGGCAGAACCGCAGCCUUGAGGCUCAGGCGGAGGUGCAGCACUGGCUGGAGCUGGACCAGAGUCGCGAACGCAGGCUGCGGGCAAGGCAAGAGGCUGACCGCACCUGCAAGCCUACCCGUCACCUGGAGGCCGCCUGAUCAGCCCGGCGGCCAUGCGCAAACACCGCGCUCGGCCGCUGACCUUGGCCCCCGCUCCUGCCCCUCCAAGAGCAGCUCUUUUCCUGCACUCCAGCCACAAAGCCCUGCCUCUCCCCAGCUCCAGCCUUCUCCUGUAUGGUUGCCCCAGAAAAGAUGGUGCAGUGGCGCAGGAGAAACGCUAAACAGCUACUCUUGCUCUGGACUGCAACUGGCUACCUACGUUUUUAUGUGCUAAAUCUAGCCCUUCCCUAUGCCCAGCAAGGCUUUUCGUAUGGCUGGAAGCCCCACUCUCCAACCGAAGCCAGUAGAUAUAUGCCUGAGAACCCUACAGCAGCAUGAGAUUGCGAAUGAGGUCCGAUUCUUGAACACCUGCUAUAGACUGGUCCUUGUCAUGCCCCAUGUGGCUCAUCUGAGCGAGCGAUCGCUGCACACAGCAACUAUUGCCCAGUCCUGUUCUGCUAAUGAGGUCACCUGUGUCAAAGAGGUGACCCUGGUCUGAAAGCCAGGGCUCAGAGCUACCUGCAGGUGCCUUUCAGGGCCCUCUCUCCAGCAUCAUCAAGAGCUUGAAUCCAACAAAAUCGGAGCCCUUGGGGACUCCCCCUCAACAGGGCAAGUAGCAGGCAGAUCAGAGGUGUUCUCAAUUUCUGGCCUUCAUGCUGCUCUGUACUGGGGAAAGCUGGACUUUAAUAAUAGAUGUGUGAAUGAAUGCCUGCGGGUAAAAGUUAGCCUGAAGAAUAAAGCUGUAUUGUGAUGUUUAGUUCAUAGGAAGAUGGUGGCAAGUCAUGGGGAGGGAAUAAGCAAGGAGAAACUGCUAGAUGGGUAGAUGUAUCAAGAGAGAGACACUACCCCCUGGCCAUCCUCCUCAGGCCUGCAGAGAAGAUGGGCACCUCAGGUGGUGAGGCUGUACCCCAGGGUGCCUUCAGACCAAGAAAGUCUCUUAGCAUUGACUGGAGUCCUAGGUCAGUAUUGAGAACUAACAGAAUUCCAAGGCUCUUUACAAUCCUGGGUUGGGGGUUGGGGGAGAAAGGAAUUCCCAUCUCCCUGUUGAAUUAGAAUUGGGGGCAGAUUCAAUUUUACUUAAAUAAAAAUCACGUUUCUGACA